AUGGAAGCACAACAUGGAAAAGGUCAACUUAAAAAUAUAAUCGAAUCAAUGAAAACAAUCGGAUAUGGAUAUAAGAGGUUAGAAUGUGAUGCUGAAAUCAUGAAACGUCGUACAGCUGAAACUAUCUUGUAUGUGAAUAAAAAAGCAACUGAUUAUUUGAAUGGAUCAGGAGACUUCAUCGCCAUAAUCGAUGACAUGAAGGUGCACUUUACGGAACGUUUGAAAGAAUUACAUAGUCUUCGGCUUCAUCACAUCGAAAUAUCAAUCGAUUUGAAAAUACAAAGUAGUCAUGCUUCUACUGCAAAGGAAAUAAACGAUCGACGCGUUGAAAAAUCGAAAGAGUAUGAAGAUGCAGCACUAGUUCUUUUUGGUUUGUCUAUUCCAGGUUUCAAUAUUCCGCUUUGCGCUGUCGCUGCAGCUCAAGCAGCUAUCGAUGAGUGCACAAGUACACCAGGAAAAAUUAUAGCUGGUACAGCGGGGGCAUUAGGUGGGGUUGUCAUUGGUAUUUUUAGUACUUUACUUUCUCCUCUGCUGUACCUUACUGCUGGUGCUCUUGCAAUAAUGAGUAAGAAAUGGUCAGCAACAAUAUCUGAUGUUAGUACCAGAAUUAUGGAUAUUCAAAACCUUGUCGACUACUCGGCAAAUCGAGUACGUCGUCAAAACUCUAUGGUUGGUACACAUUUACAACUUGAAUUGCAUCAUGAGCCAGCACCUAAUUUGACAUCUUACGAUAAAACACAAGAUGAAGUCUUAUUAAAUUUAACAGCCACAAUUCUUAGUCGAUAUCAAUCAGGUGAAUUACAAGCAGCAUGGGCUAGAGAUCCAUCAACAAACAAUACCAAUCCGACAGGUUUAACAGUACAAGAGCCAUUUAGUCAAACAAAAGAUGACUUGAGUGUUAUUAGUCGUAUCGAACUUGUAACUCAGCCGAGUUCUUGUCGUGAACAAAGUCCAUGUACAAUUCAACCAGUGAUUGUUGCAUACGAUUCCACUGGAAAUAUUAUUCAAAAAUUGGGUUCCCUUCAACAUCCAUGGCAAGUAGUCUCUAGUUUAGUAGGACAACCGAAUACAUUUGUACCUGGUUCUAUUGUCAAUUAUUCGAAUGAACAAACACAAUAUAGUUUAUUUGGAUUGGGAUCUGUAGGUACCUAUCAAGUUCAAUUUACGUUUGUUCAACCGAUGGGUGUUAACACUUCAUUCUUGACAACAUCUAAUUUUACAGUUACUUCAUCAAUGAUUACUGUCACACAAGCAACAUUAGCUGGUAUUGAAGUAGAUCAUGUCUAUGUGACAACAGUAAACGAACGAUUUAAUGUAUCUAUAAUGCCUGUUGACAGUGUCACUCAUCGUCGUCUUGGACAGAUCAUUUGGGGAGGUUGGACUUGGACAAGUUCAGUUUCGUUUUACGUUCGACCUCAAUGCAAUAGUUCAGUUGCACUGCUCAUUAGUUCAUCAUCAAGAACUCUCAUUAACUUAUCAGCUGGCACAGUAACAAUCACAGAUAUGGCGAUCAGUGGAAUUGGCAUGUUUAUGCUAAAUAUAAGUUUGGUUUCAACAAACAAUAUGUAUACAAUUCAAGCAAUAACCAGUGGUAUACUUGUAAAAGCAACCAACAUUGAGCUUGAAGUUGAGACGGGUGAUCCAGACACAUAUAUGAACUUUUAUGGAAACUACGAUUCAUUGGCAGCAAGUGGUACACUCGAAUUAAAACGAGUCAUAAUUUAUAAUUAUUUACUAUGCAUUGAAAUUGGUAGUGAUCGAUGGCCUCCUGCCUUGUCUUCCAGAUCAACCUCAGGUCUUAUUGCUGCGUUUAUUGUUGGCUCAUCACAUACAGAAGUUGCCAAUGCUGUGAAUGUGACCAUGUCCAAUCCUAAUGCGAUACCAGAACUUAAGACUUUGUCAAUUACUAUCCGUUAUCAAGCAUAUGAUAUUUCAUCUGCACCAACAGACAACAAUCCGACCAAUGGAAACAAUGCUGAAGGUUCCAAUGUUGGUCUAAUUGUAGGUCUCGUAGUAGGCAUUAUUGGUGGUUUGGCAGUUUUAGCUGGAGUCAUUUUUGGCUUGAAAGCCUACCAACAUAAACAUGAACGUGUUCGUUCACAACGUGACGAUAUGGUAAACUUCCAUGAAUUGUUGGCUGUACACAACGAUCAUGAUCAAAUAAUACCAACCGAAACAAAAGGCAAGAAGAAGGUCAAGAUUUUGAAAAAUAAAUCUCCCACAGUAUUACAAUUGCAUCCCUCCCAUAUUCAGCUGCAUCCACCGCUAGCACAUGUCGAAUCCGACUUACCACCUGGAGCUCUUUGUGUAACGUCACUUGACGAUGCAAUCAUGCAUGAUAUACAUCAUGAUGAAAACAUGAUGCCAGAAGUAGAAAGAUGA